AGUAUUCGGGUAAUCGUUAACAAAUUGUACACCAGUUGUGUGAUCCCCGACCUGGUCAGUAUGACACUGGACAGACGAUUACAGUGUUUGUUAUGGCUGUACAUCACCACACUCCAAGGUGCAACUGGAUUAUCCGUGGUGGUCAGUCCAAGUCCUACAGUCCAGCUCGUGUCCGGUCAGACCCUCUUUAUCACGUGUCAGUGGUCAGCUGACUACACAGGAUCAAAUGCUGCUGUUAACUAUCAACUAAAUGAUGGUGGAGGUAGAAUAGGUACAUUGACUAUAAACUUUGGGACAGCAUGCCCAUCAAUAUCACCCUACACACUAACAUGUAACAGAGACACGAGGACACUGGGGAUACAGAUUCCCGCCAGCAAUUACAGUCACGGGGACAGAUGGACGUGUGAGGGGAGAAAUAACAGCUUUGACAAUACAACACCACCACAGACCGACACGACGACAGUGGACGUUACAGUUCCUGUGACAUCAGUGACCAUCACCCCGUCCACCACUGUGACUGUAGAUAUAGGUACCAGCACCACGUUGACCUGUACCACACAGCCACACAGUCGUCCCAAUGCCAAUGUCACGUGGUACCGAGUGGUCAGUGGUCAGCCACAGCAGAUCAUCGCUAACAUCAGUGUGUCACAUGACACUCAGAACUCCGCCCAGACAACCACCAGUGCUCUGACAUAUGUACCGUCCAAGGAGGACAACGGACACACGGUGUACUGUCUAUCAGACGGUGGAUGGACAGGAAGUACUGCUACAAAUCUACGGUCGGGAGAUGUAAUUCUCAAUAUCAGAUAUCCACCGACUAACCCAGCCAUAGUGACCGGUAAUAGUGAUCCUGUGUAUGAUGGUGACGACAUUGAACUCCGAUGUAGUAUAAGGGGAGGUAACCCACUAGCCAGUCUGACAUGGGCAUGUCCAGGUCGUAGCGUUACCUCUACAACAGCAAACACAGCAGACACGGCAGUAUCUGUAAUGAGGAUACGUCUGACACCUUUAUAUAACGGAGCCAAUUGUACAUGUGUAGCUACUCAUCCAGCACAGGGCUUCAUGACAUCCCACACCGAGGUCUUCAACGUCUACUAUGCCCCUCGGAUCAAUGACCUGAAGGUGACUGACCCGUUCCCCUGGCUGGCCAGAGACACUUAUGUAGGUCGUCUGAGCUGUGACACUACUGCCGGUAACCCGUCUACCACACGGUACACGUGGUACAGGGACGGUACACCGGACAGUUCCCUGACAUCACAGACGCUCUCCUUUGACCCACCUACCAGCAGUGAUAAUGGACGGUUAUACAAAUGUAGGACUGAAAACGACUUCACCGACGCCAGAGGAUCGGCUUCGGAGUUGGACAUAAUAUUAGAUGUACAAUAUGCUCCCAUUAUAACACUCUCGGCCUGUCCAGAAACAGUUAACGAGACAGACAAUUACCGGUGUACCUGUACAGCUGUAGGUAACCCCAACCCUACUGUUAUCUGGUAUCCUCGGGAUUCGUCGACCAACAACAUUCUGGACUUACCAUCUAUAAACAGGAACAAGGCCGGGCGGUACACAUGUAAUGCCACGUCAUCAUCUCAGAAGUUUGGGUCGCUAUAUACCCAGUCCGAACUCAACCUUGUGGUACAGUGUGAGUAUUGUCCUGGUGGUAUUACAUGUACAUACUAG